AUGCAUUCCAAAUAGCUAGAGUUUGACUAGAAAAUCCAUAACUAAUUUAUGGACCCAAUUAGUUUUUUAACCAUCCAGNAAUAAUUAGAAAUGGAAUUAGAAAAUUUAGCAAAAGAAGAUUGUCCAACACCAUAAGUAGAUUUGGUCAAACUUAAAUUUCCAUUAUAAUUAUAAACUAAAUUUGUACAUGAAUCAGCAGCUACUCUUGAAACUCAUUACAAUCUACAUCGAAUUAAAGAAAAAAUGAAUCAUCGUAAUAUUACAUUAACAGAAAGUGAUUUACUCAAUAAAAUUACUUAAAUUAAUUUCUAAACUGCAAGAAAUAGUGACACUAAAGAAUUUUAUCAUAAUUUUAAUAGUUCACGUCCAAGAGUAAAAAAAGAACCAUAACUAAGUCUUGAUGAAAAAUAUUAGAUUCUUAAAGAAUAUUUGAAAGAUAGAGGAAUAGAGAUGGGAAGGAAAGAAUCAAUACCAAAUGAAGGAUAUUUAUAAUUCUAUCAUGAAGCCACUAACAGAUUAAUAAAAUAAACUAAAGAAUAAUAACUUUUGAAGUUUAGAAAAAGUAUUACUUUAAAAACUGCUACUGAGAAUUAGGAUCAUUCUCCAAAUAAAAAAAUGAGUUUUACAAAAAUUAAAACAGUACCUACAACUGUUGGUACUACUCCUGCUUUAAAUGCUAUAACUCCAAGUAAUUUAACUAUCACUCAUUAAUCAUUAAUUAAAUUAAAUGUAGGUAAUAAUGAUUCUCCUAUUAUCUUAUCUCAUAGACAUAGAACAGAAAAGGAAAAAUCACCUGAAAAACCUUAUUCAGAAAAAUGGUAAGAUUUUCAGAAUAAAGCUGAAGCAUUAUAAAGCUAUUAUCUUCAUGAAGGAAAAGAAUUCUUAUAGACUUUGGAUGAUUUAGAGAAUACAAUUGAAAAACCAUAUUUGAGACACUUUAAUUAAAUAAUUAAAGUAGAAUAGGAGUAAGGAAAUUUGGAAGAAUAAUAAAAAUAAAACAAAAUAAUGAGAAAGAGGAAAUAGAACUUACCAAAAAAAUUAAGAAUGUAAAAGAUCUUCAAAUCUGAAUUAUAAUGA